UUGCUGCAGUGACAACUGAACACUGAUGCCACAGAUUCCUCACAUGCACAGAUGUAAAUCUGUUCCUUCCCACCCAUCUCUCCCUCCUCUCCUUCCUUCUCCCUGUUAGAAGCAUCACUUCUUCUUCUUCCUCUUCUCCUCUGGCUUACCCUGCUGUGAACGGUCUUGAAGUUCACCGUUACCUAAAUUGGACAUCAGGAGUUGGGCAAGACUAAACGUGGACUAAUCGGGCGAUUAUCCGUCUCCGCCAGCUCUCCCAUUUCUCACUGGGUGUCUGAGUGUGUGUGCUUGUGUGUUUGUGAUUGCGUGUCUGCAUGUAUCUCCUGCACCCCUCCCCUUCUCUCUAUCCUUGGAUUACAUUUUUGUGUACGUGUUAUUAAGCGUCCAAUUCCUGUGAGGUAUUUUUAUGUUCAUUCGUUCACCUUUCCCUUUGUCUCUUCUCAUUGUCCGGCAUUGUUGGAACCUUUCUGCCAUAGGCUACCGAUGCUUAUCACUGGGUUAACCCUCAAUGAGCCAUAAAGGACGGCAGGGAAGGAUGAGCGAGUGUUCUGGGGCAGCUGUUUCCGGGGCGGUGAUCCUGGAGGAACCUGAGGGUUCAGGGGCUUCAGGGGGCCGCGGUGAGGGCCAGGCCCAGAAUCAGGGUCCCCUUCGCUGUGCGGUUUGGCCUCGCCAGCAGACAUGGCUGUGCGUGGUUCCCUUACUUAUCGGUUUCAUUGGUCUUGGAUUGAGCCUGAUGCUGCUGAAAUGGAUUGUUGUUGGUACAGUGCGGGAUUACGUGCCGACAGACCUGGUGGAUGCUAAUCGAAUAGGCCAGGAUCCUAUUUUCCUCUCCAAGCCAAGCGGGAUUCCCAAAAGUCCCGAUACUACCACCACCACAACUACUCCUACAGUUGAUGGUGGGAACCCCACACCCAGAACUGUAACUGUUGCAAAAGGUAGAACUCGUUCCACUGCUACUACCACGACUAUAAACCCUAGAGGGGGGGAAGCCUCGGGUAGCCAAGUGACCCCACGGAAUCGUAAUGGACGCGGACCUUCGGGUUUUACUACAACCACUGUAGCACCACGGACAACCUUCAUAAUUGGAGCAGCAACAUCUAGCCCCUCACCGUCCAACCCAACUGUACUCCAUGACUCUACGCAGAUGUGGACCCUGGAGCAUACUACUACUGAGACAGUCCCCACCACACUCACCACGCGGACGCACAGCCACCACAAAACACCUUCUCCAACUGUCCCUCCGCUGCACUCGGAGCAUUUCAAACCCUGCCAUGAGAAGGACCUGGCCUACUGCCUGAACGGAGCCGAGUGCUUCGUCAUCGAGACGCUCAGUGGGCCUCACAAACACUGCAAGUGUCAAGAAGGCUACCAGGGGAUCCGCUGCGACCAUUUCCUGCCCAAGACGGACUCCAUCCUGUCAGACCCAAAUCACUUGGGCAUCGAGUUUAUGGAGAGCAAAGAGGUGUACAAGAGGCAGGUGCUGUCAAUCACAUCCAUCGCUAUGGCAAUCAGCCUCCUGGGAACCCUGUGCAUGGCCCUCUACUGCCGCAACAAGAGGCGCGGAGAGAAGCUCCAGGCUCACCUGAAGGAGAGUCGCAGUUUGAAGAACUACACUGCUAAUUCCCAUAACGCCCUGGACACCAAGCUGAGGGUGCCGAACCUGCAAAUGCACGAGUACUUCAAACGGUCCUCUCAGACUCGCCAGGGAAACGUUUGUGAGUCUAGCUUUGCUCACUGCAACAUCUCCACCACGCCGUGCAACAGCUCCAGAGGCACAGCCAAACAUCACAGCCCGGAUCAGAGAACCCGGGCGGCUCCACGCAGGACCCCGCCCAUACCCAGGGGAAGGCUGAAUCCGAUUGGAGGAUCCAAGUAUUCAGGCCCCGCCUACCACCACCUUCAGGAAGUGGACUCUUCUGAGAGGGAGGCUGAGGCACAAAGAGGCUGCCAAAUGCAGGUAGAGAACCGAUGUGACGACCCGAGACAAGAUGCCUUCCUACAUAUGCAAACUCCUGUUUCCAUGGAGACACCGUCGCCAUCGCCUUGGAGCGUCCGCAUGGAUGUGCGUUCGGGCCCCUGCGCCCCGUCCGAGCACAGCGAUCAGAAUCCCAACACCCGCAGGCCCGGACGGCUUCACUCCCCGCCUCCUCCGUUUCGCUCCUGCUCCAUCCCCAUCAUCCCCUCCGUCCAGUGUUACCAUGACAACGAGGUAUCUUGUAUGCAAACCGGCGUCACACCAGCAGCCCACGCGAUGUCGGUCACGUGCGGAGCCGCGCCCUGCAAGGAAGCGAGGAGAGAGAAGGCAGCGCACACCACCUUGUCUUCUUCUUCCUGCUCAUCCGCCAUUGGUCAGCAGCGGGAUGAGGUGGCGCUGCUGCUGGAGGAGGCCCAGGAGCAUCUCAGGGCGUUGGCGUUGGCUCACAGGAAGCAUGAAGAUGGUGGAGCCGGCUGCAGCGGAUCGACGGCUGCGCUGGUGGAGGCCAGAGAAACUGUUUGCUUCCUGAACCUUAGCGGAGGAAGUGUUGGGGCGCUGAGCUGUAACGGACCCACGCAGACCCAGUUACUCAGCCCCAGCCUAUCACACAGAGACCUGGGCCAAACCAGCCAAUGAGGACUCAAUUUAGGGCAUUCACUUUCGGUUUGACAGUGUUUGACAGACUAUGGUGUUCUGCAUCUGUGGGACACAAAUGGAAAUGUCGAAGAAAAAAAAAUGUGCUGAUGAUAUGCAUAUACUGUAUGUAUACAAACACUUCUCGAGUGGCCGCCUUCACACUGACUGACUGUAUGGAGAAAAAAAAUAUUUACAUGCAUUUAUUUACAAGACAAGAGAAACACUUCUACUUAGGCAAAAAGAAACCAAAUAGUCUGUCAACUCCAUGGUGUUUUUAAUUGUAAAAAGAAUAUAUAAAUAUAUAUAUAAAUAUAUAUGGAUAUAAAUAUAUGGAAUUCAAAAAGUGACCAAGUACAAAGUUGAAGAACACAGGAAUGAUGUAACUAUUUUCCUUUGUUUUCGUUCUUCUCCCUGUUUUGUAUUAACUCACAUUUAGUUUGUGGCUCGAACGAAAGAACUUCAUUAACGUCCGGCGAACGUUCUGUGAGCCUGUACAGAAGGAGCCUCCGCACCAACGUACCCCUUCUGGCCUGACCAACAACAAUCUGAGGAUUUACGACAAAAAAACAAAAACUCCACGUCCAUGUGUGUGUGUGUGAAUGUGUGUGUGUGUACUGAAGUGCAACGAGGGAAGAGAAGCAACAGGAAGUAACUUCUUCUGCAGUCAGUCUGAUUUUGGAGGGCAGAUUGUUGAAGACAGCACAUAUACUGUCUCCUCUUUGGUCAGUGUUUCAAACCUAUCUAGAUUAUUAUUAUUUUAUUUUACAAAUGGUUUUUUUUCACACACAUGCGCACACACACACACUCACCUGUGCAUUAAUUGUUGGAUGGUCAGAAGAAUGGACUAAAGGACAAAGGAAGGACAGAGGGCUGUCGGCCACUACAGGAGCUAAUCUGACUUUUUUUAGUUUCUUUUGUUUUCCAUUUUUGGUUAUUAAUGAACAAUGCUGCUUUCUGGGGCUGAAGGGAGGGAGAACUACGUGGUCUGGGUAUUGAAACAAAUAAAUGUCUCUAUGUUGUAUCCUAUGAAUUGGAAGCUUUUGAAUCUCUGUAUGAAUUUACAGCCAAAUGUUUUUGGUGACUAAAAGUAAAAAAUGGUUUCAAUUCUGGUAAAGAUUUUUCAAAAUAACCGUUUGUUUUUGGUUGAUUGCUUGGAAGACAUUUAAAAGCACCCGGUCCAAACAUGCAUGCUGGAUCACAUCAGUCCGCUUUACAUGGAUACACUGUCCCCCGUCCUUCAGCCUGUUCACACACACUCUGGUCCUGACUGGCUGCAGACUCACACAGUCACCCAUAAAGGUAGCAGGUAGUUCCCUCUUUUCACCAUGCUGCCUACAAUACAGAAAUCUAUAAUAACUAAUGUUUUAACAUAUGGUUUGAUUUCAGAAUGCCACACCAUACACACAUUUAUGAAGAGAUCUCAACGCCUACAUGAACACAUGUUUCCAUCCAUAUAACUAUGUGUCUGUUGAUGUCAUGAGUAUUAUGAUGCAGGUUUGAAUUAUCGUCAGUAAACAGCUUCUCGUACUUUUAUUCCAGCAUCAACAAACCACAGAAAUGAAGGAAUUCUACCAGUUGUAUUAGUUUAUGGUGGGAAUAUUACAAAUGGCCACCAAUGGGAGGAAAAAGCUGAGUGUAAAAGUUAAAGAGCGAACAAUAAGCACAAGUAGCAACAAGCUUCUGUCGCCAUUGAAAUGGCUGAAAAUGAGUUUGGGACUUGCUUUCAAACUCUUAAAGCGUCAUCUUAAAAAAUAAUCAGUUAGAGAACUAUUGGAUGUUUGAAUAUGAAAUACGUCUUACACAGAACACAAAGCAGCCGUCCUUCGAACUCUAACGAUGUGGCCUCGUCAACAACACACGUCUUUCAAACGUCUUCUGUAGUCAACUCGAUCCUUUGUGUGGCCACGUGUGUGUGAUCGACGCUCUCCGGUUCAGAAAGGUCGGAUUCAAUAAUGCGACAAUCAGGAUACACAGUACCUGAGAAACUCUCCCGACCUGCACUCAUCACAUCCUUCUCAAUGGCUGAUCCUUGGGAACAGACGCCUGGAUGGAAAGGUUGAAUCCUAUUCGACCCACACUAGCAUAAAGAAAUCAGCCCACAGCUUUCUUUCUUUCCUUUUCUUUUUCUUGAAGAUUUAGUUUGCCAUGCUGCCGUUCGACCCCUAAAGGCUCUUUUUUCCACAUCAAAUUGUUCGAGCGCAACAGUUUUGAUUAUUCGAUGCUGAUGUCCAUGAAUCCAUUAUGUCCUCACCAGAACAAACACAGGUGACUUAUGGAGCUUGAUGUGCUUCUGUGCACAAACACACACAGUGCAACAAAAUGUGAAUUUGUUUGUUUGACCAACUGUAAUCAGUGUAUGAGCUUUUAACAGAUAAAAGUCUGCAAGCA